CUAUCUACAAAAGAAAUUACAACUCAAUUGUAAUACAACAAAGCCAAAACACUAACACAAGGAAAUGCAAUCUAACCAAAAACCAAGAAUAGGAGGUUGUCUUAACACAAGACAAACAACUCCGUUACAUCAAAUAAAAACUGAGACAAGUGUACACCAGCAAUAAUAAGUGCACUGACAAGGCAAGGUUCAUUCCAUUCCACUUGCAAAAAAACCUGGGCGAGUUCAUAGCUUCCAGCAAUUAGACAUGAAGCAUCAGGCCCUAAUCACAGUGCAAGCAUAAGAUCAAUACACACAGCAACACAGCAUCACAGAUCCAUGUCCAUUCUGCUUGCAAAACCUGGGCGAGUUCACAGCUUCCAGCAAGGAAAAGCAUCAGGCCGUAAACUCAAUGCAAGCAUAAAACAAAGCACACAGCAUCACAGAUCCAAGUACAGCUAUCUAGGUAGUAGACUGAGAAGAGGGGCCAUUGAAGUAUCCAAGGCUGAGAUCUGUUUCACUCAAGUGAAGUAGGGUGAGAUCAGCAGGUACUCCAACUCUGGUUGAAGGCUCAAAGCACAGUAACAGCAGGACCAAAUCCAUCAGGAGUUUAUAAGCACCAAUGGACCAUUUGCACCAAAUAAUACCAAGUCAAAACCUAUCUCACACAAAUGAGCUAGGAUGGAGUACUCAGGCAUAAGGUGAUGGUGCUCUACCCUGAUGAGAGAAUUCACAAAACAAAGCCAGAGAGAUUAUCCAUGCCAUCCACACAGCAUCCAAGAUGAAUCCAAGCAGAAACCAUAAAGGUAGGGGGUGCACACCAGUUUGCAAAUACUCAACCAAAAGAGGGGUAUAAGUGAGUGCAUCCAGUCAGCUUCUUGAAAAAGUGGGAGUCCUUCUUCCCAGGACUCCAAGUCCAAAAGUCAUUGCCAUCAAGAUAAACAGAAUGAACCCAUUGCACCCACAGGGUUUCCUUGUUAGAGGCAAUAUUCCACAGGUUCUUGCUCAAAAGUGCCUGAUUCCAGAUUAUGGGCUGAUUCAAACCAAGCCCCCCUUCAUCCUUGGGCUUGCAGAUAUCCUCCCAAGCAACCUUACAGAACUUACUCCCCCAAAGGAAAGUUCUACAAAGGGAGGUUAUCCUAUCCAAGACAGAUUUAUGAAUAGGGAAAGCUUGGAACCAGAAGCCUUCAAUUCUUUGGAUAACAGAUCUGAUGAGUUCCAAUCUUCCUGCAGCAGACAGGGUUUUGGUAUUCCAUUUUCUAAUAUGUUCAUCCACCUUAUUCACAAGUGGGGCAAAGUCUCUUUCAGAAGCUCUCUGUGAGGUCAGAGGGAGUCACAGGUAUCUAACAGGCAGUUUACCCUGAGGGAAAGGCACCAAAGCAAGGAUAUCCUCUCUCCUGUCUUUGAUCUCUCCAGCCAGAAAGAUAUUGGAUUUGAGAGGGUUAAGUUUGGAGUGCUUAACCCGUUGGGUCCGACCCGACCCGACCUGACCCGAAAUUUUAACGGGUCCUCGGGUUCGGGUUAUUUCGGAUUCGGGUCACAAAAUUCAUGUUCAAAACCCACUAAUUUCGGGUCGGGUUUCAGGUAAAAAAUGGGUCGGGUCAUUUUUUGCCAGGUCUAUCUCUAACUUUACUGCAUUCAUAUAAGAGUACUAAUUUAAACUAAUUUUUGAGUCGCUACCACAGUUUGUCAUAUAGUUGUUCAUCUAUCGGGGUGGAAGUUAUAUUCUUUGGAUGUGAGCAUCCCAAGCGUCAUGUGAUAUGGAGUUUCUAUUGCUGAGUUAUUAUUUUCCUUCCACAUACGUUUGACCAGCCUAGCUUUUGAAGUGAAAUAGACUUCCCCAGUUUAGUCGGUAUUAGUUCCUUGCGUAUUCCUCAACACCCAAACUUUUGUAGGUUUUAUAAGGUUCCUGUUGCAAAAGUUAUUCCAUACACAAUGAAAGAAGAAAUGGAACUAGGAAGCUUGAUCCAUCCAUAGCCAGCAAAGGCCAUCCGAGGUAUGGACAAUGAAUAAGGUAGUGGCUU